AUGCCCGUUGAUGUGGCGCCAGUGGUCCAAGCCUGGAUGGAAUGUCCUACCAUCAUCCAGCGCGCAGCUGUCCAAAAGCUCAUGAGUUUUGAGCUGGGCCCUACUCCGGAAGCAGCUGAAUCGCAUGCUUUGGUGUUGGCACCCGUUAUGAAACAUCUUGGCCUCAAGCCCUCGAUCGACGUGACCAGAGACUGCGUGAAUCGGCUCUUCACGGCGUGCAAACCAUUCGGCAAGAAGGAUGCAAGCAGUUCCACAGUCAAGAAGACUGCCUGGUACAUCCGGAAGUUGGUCACCGCAUGGAGACGUUUCGCUUCCCGGGGGCAUGUUCCACGAUCUCGAGGUCAUAGAAUGCUCUUUGAAGCUGCAGAAAUUCCAUGGCCGGAACGAUCUGAUUCCGGUUCCUUCACCAACACCGGUUGCGCCGAGACGGAUCUUGAGGACUUUGAAGAGUUUGGCGAAACUGGGGAGGAAGAAUCCUUGGAAGAUGAUGAAGUGGUGGAGGCUCCACAAGCUUCCAAUCCUAGACGCGAAGUUCCCGAACCAUUGCAACAUGAGAUUGCUGGACGUGGACCGGGUACCCAACCACCGCAGUCGGAGUUGCAAACGCCUCCGCCAAAGAGUUGCAUGCUGGACCGGCAUACCUCUGGCGAGAAGCUACCCACGAGCCACCAGAACGAGGCUGAGAAGCUGGAGGUCUUGCGGGCGCUAGAGAAGGAACUUGCAGUCUUAAACGCCCUGGUGGAACAAAAGAAAACUUUGCUACAUGUUGAGAAGAAAACGAUUGAGAUCAACCAGAGUGGCAGUAGCACGCUGGCAUUUUUCAAGUUUGCAUGGGCAUGA